AUCCCUUUCCGCUUCCAAGUUUUGAUUUUCCGAAUUUUUGAGAUAUACGCAAUGGAGGGAAAUUAGCCACACUACUCCUAAAGUCAAUACACACGGUCACACACAUACAAAAAAACAAAAAAAAAAAAAACGUACAAAAGGUAAAGCCCUCGAUAAACCAUGCCUAUUACUAAUCCCCAAUCUUUCUCUCUCUAACCCUUCUUUUUCUCUCUCUAAAACAUGAAUUUGGUCUAUUGUGUCUGAUUCUUUAACGCCAUUGCUUCGAUUCUUGGACCUAUACAUACAGUUCUUGCGUUCGCAUCGGCUUGUCUGCUGAUUAUGGUUUCUCUCUGAUUCUGGUUUUGUGGACGCUACGGUGUUGAUGAUCUAAGAUGAAAGAGGGGUUGAGAUCCAGUACUUUGUUGGUAAAUUCUGAGGAUGAUAAAGUCGAUUCAGCCACACUCGAUGGUAAUGAGGAGCAGAAAGGGUCAGUCUUGAAUUCAACUGAUUCGGAUUCUGCUAAAGGCUUGUUGGUUUCUUCCCCAGAAAUAAAAAUUGAGGGGAAAGACAGUGGGUGUGAACAGGUGGGAUGUGCAGAAGAUGAGCAUGCCAGUGGUGAUGAGGAUGCUGACAAUGCCAAUGCUGAUUCCAAAGCAGUUGGGCCUAAACCAGGGGGACUGCGUCGGGGGCGGAAAAAAAGAAGGGUGGAGAGUUCUGAAUGUGAUGGGGAUAAGGAAAAAAAAAUGCCGGUUGAUUUGGAUGAUGUUAAAGACUUGUCGGUGUGGUCCAUAGAAAGAAAAGCUGAGGAGAGGAAAAUUGGAUCACCAGAUGUGGAUGCCAAUGCCAAUGCUGAUAAUGAUACAUGUAGGGCUAUCUGUGGGGGAGUGCGAAUUGGAUCACCAGAUGUGGAUGCCAAUGCCAAUGCUGAUAAUGAUACAUGUAGGGCUAUCUGUGGGGGAGUGCGACGGGGCAAGAAAAGAAGAAGGGUGGAGAGUUCUGGAUGCCACGGGGAUGAUGGGGAAAAUAAAGAGAAGGUUAAUAAGGUGUAUUUGAAGGGUAAUAUUGAGGUGGUUGGUAGGGUUUUGCGUCCUAGGGUAACAUCAAGAAAUGAUGGUGUGAAUGCAGUUGAUGGUGUACUGUGUGGAGGUGUUGUGGGUGGGAAAAGGAAGAAGGAAAGUGAACAGUCAGACUCAGAUAAGAAAAUAAUUAAGAUGGAAAAGGAUGAAAGUGUUCAGAUGAUUGGCAGGCCAGGGAAACAAUUAAAACGGCGUGGAAGACCUCCCAAGGUGCAAGAAAAAAAUGGGGCGUCUAAUGUGAAUGGUGAUGACAGCAGGCCAAGGAAAAAAUUUAAAAAGCGUGGAAGACCUCCCAAGGUGCAAGAAAAGAAUGGGGGGUCGAAGGGGAAUGGUGAUGACUGCAGGCCAAGGAAAAAAUUAAAACAGCGUGGAAGACCUCCCAAGGUGCAAGAAAAAAAUGGGGCAUUGAUGGUGAAUGGUGAUGACAAAGAAAAGGAUAUUGGGUCCAAGAAGGGCGAUCAUCAACCGAAGGCCAAAAAGAUCAUUAAGCGUUCUAAGUUUCCAAAUGACGGCAAGGGCAAUAAGCUAAACAGCCAUUUGCAUCAUGCAGGAAAUAAUGCCAUUCAGAAAGAGUUGAAAACAAAAAAGAACAAUGGCAAGAAAGGAGGAGAAGUACGAGCCGAAAAGCAGUUACUGAGAGAGCAAAUUAUGGGUAUGCUUAAGGGUGCAGGCUGGACAAUUGAAUUUAGGCCCAGGCAAAACAAGGAGUACAGUGAUGCAGUUUAUGUUGAUCCUAAAGGAGGGAGUUAUUGGUCAGUCACCCUGGCUUACCAUAAGCUCAAAAAACAAGUUGAAGAAGGUGAGGCUGAUAGUAAGGCCAUUUCUUCAUUUAUUCUGAUUCCAGAGGAGGUUCUUAGCAAGUUAUACAGGAUAACAAAGAAACGAAAGAAGGGACUAAAAAUUCUGAAGCAACAGGGGAUUGGUGGAAGCAAGAUUAGCAAAGGAGUCACCAGAAAGAAGUCAGCAAAACAUAAGAAUGCAACAGAGAACAUCAGUGAUUCAAGUGACAAAGAGAAACCAAGUUCUGUGAUGAAGUUGGAGACUAAGUCACAAAACAGAAGAAUGAAUGGAAAAUUGUUGCACCGAGAACAAGAUAACUCAUCUGCAAAGCCAAGCAGGCGAAGAUCAAAUCAGGAAGACAGACAAGAUAGGAGGCGAUGUGCUCUUUUGGCUCGUAGCUCUAAGAAGGGGUUGGACAGUGAAGGCUUUAUUCCAUAUAAUGGGAAACGUAGUCUUCUUACUUGGAUGAUUGAUUUAGGAACUGUCCCUCUGGGUGGGAUGGUGCAUUAUAUGAAUCGUAGAAAGAAAAGAGUAUUGCUUGAUGGCAAAAUCACCAGAGACGGCAUUCACUGUGGCUGCUGUGAUAAAAUCCUCACUAUUUCAAAAUUUGAGUCUCAUGCCGGAAGUAAACUGUCUCGGCCAUUUCCAAAUAUAUAUUUGGAAUCCGGAAAUUCCCUGCUGCAAUGCUUACUGGACUCGUGGCAUAAGCAAGAGGAGUCUAAGUGCAUUGGCUUCCAUCGUGUUGAUGUCAACGGUGAUGACCCAAAUGAUGAUACGUGCAACAAGUGUGGAGAUGGUGGGAACUUGAUUUGUUGUGAUGGUUGUCCAUCAACAUUCCAUCAAAGCUGUUUAGAUAUCCAGAAGUUCCCUUCUGGUGACUGGCACUGUGUGUAUUGUUCAUGCAAAUUUUGUGGGACCUUCGGCAAGAACACAUGUCAAAGGGAUGAUAAUGAUGAUAUACCUGUCUCUACACUACUCACGUGCCGCUUGUGUGAGGAAAAAUACCAUCUACUUUGUGUUCAGGGGAAGGAUGCAAUACACCUUGAAUCCAAUUGUCCAUCCUUUUGUGGGAAGAUAUGCCAAGAGCUCUUUGAGCGGCUACAGAUGCUUUUUGGGGUUAAACAUAAACUGGAAGAAGGAUUUUCAUGGACUCUUAUUCAGCAUUCUGAUGUUAGCGGAGAUAUAUCUCUUAGGGGUGUUUCUAAAAAGAUAGAGUGCAAUUCCAAGUUGGCUGUUGCAUUGUCCAUCAUGGAUGAGUGUUUUUGCCCAAUUGUUGACCAGAGAAGUGGGACCAAUAUGCUUCAUAAUGUUGUCUAUAGCUGCGGGUCAAACUUCAAUCGGCUGAAUUACAGUGGCUUCUUAACUGCUAUUCUAGAGAGGGGUGAUGAAUUUAUCUCGGCAGCAUCUAUAAGAAUACAUGGGAGUCAGUUAGCAGAGAUGCCUUUCAUUGGGACUCGCCAUAUUUAUAGGCGCCAAGGGAUGGCCCGUCGGCUUUUAACUGCCAUUGAAUCGGCACUAUGCUCCCUUAAUGUCGAGAAACUGGUCAUACCUGCUAUAUCUGAAUUACGAGAAACAUGGACCUCGGUGUUUGGUUUCAAGCCCCUUGAAGAAUCAAACAAAAAACAAAUGAAGUAUAUGAAUCUGAUAGUGUUUCCUGGUACAGAUAUGUUACAAAAGCCUCUAUUGAAACACCAGUUUGCUGAAGGAAACUCAAUUUCUGUGGCAGUGUCAGAGCCUACUGAACUUAGUCCCAAGCUUCAAACUACGCAUGAGGCAAUUAGUUCUGGUAUGAGAUGUUCUGCUGGGCCUGAAUCUAAUAUUUCCUGUGAGGUUAUUGUCCGUCAGGCACGUGGAAAAAAUGAUGCUGCUGCUGCUGUUGAAUCUGGUUCGAAGCUUCCACAUGGCUCUGUGCAAGUUGCAUCUGAUAUAACAAGUGAGGCGAUCACUUAUAGAGAUUCUGUUACUAAUCAGGAAAAUCUUGCCAGUUUGGGUGUGAGCAAUGAUGAUCAAGAGUUGGAAAAUGAAGCUAUCAUAGAUACUGAGGCCAUUAGUUCUGGUAUGAGAUGUUCUGCUGGGCCUGUGGAUUUGGGUGUGAGCAAUGAUGAUCAAGAGUUGGAAAAUGUAGCUAUCAUAGAUACUGAGUCAAUUAGUUCUGAUAUGAGAUGUUCUGCUGGGCCUGUCGAUUUGGGUGUGAGCAAUGAUGAUCAAGAGUUGGAAAAUGAAGCUAUCAUAGAUACUGAGGCAAUUAGUUCUGGUAUGAGACGUACUGAUGGGCCUGAAUCUAAUAUUUCCUGUGAUGUUAUUAUCCAUCAGGCAUGUGUAAAAAAUGAUGUUGCUGCUUCUGUUGAAUUCAGUUCGAAGUUUCCACAUGGCUCUUUGCAAGUUGCAUCUGAUAUAAAAAACGAGGCAAACAAUUUUUGCAAUUCUGCUACUAAUGAGGAAAAUCUUGUCGAUUUGGGUGUGACCAAUGACGAUCAAGAGUUGGAGAAUGAAGCUAUCAUAGAUACUUGGGCAAUUAGUUCUGGUACGAGAUGUUCUGCUGGGCCUGAAUCUAACAUUUUCAGUGAGGUUAUUGUCCAUCAUGCACGUAAAAAAAAUGAUGUUGCUGGCUCCUUGCAUGUUGAAUCUGAUAUAACAAGUGAGGCAACAAAUUUUAGAGAUUCUUCUACUAAUGAGGAAAAUCAUGUCGAUUUGGGUGUGACAAAUGAUGAUCAAGGGUUGGAAAAUGAAGCUAUCAUAGAUACUGAGGCUUUAGUCAUUGAUGCUCUUGAACUUGAUGGACAACAUACUAGUGAGGAGAUUAAUGAAUGCCAAAAUGCUAAUUCUGGUUCUGGGCAUGCUAACAAGGAGAUCAAUAAAUUUCAAAAUGCUCAUUCUGAUUCUAUUGUCAUGCCUUCGUCGCCCGGUGAGGGGACUGUGGAACGUAGCAACAACUUAAAUCAAUACAGUAUGUGUAGGUUGGAAAGCAAAUCAUUUACUGUUUCCCAUGUUGGGUCAGUUGCAAAUUGUGAGAGUAAAACUCUUCAUUCAAUAGAGGGAAAAGGUAAAGAAACUGUUGGUUGUGAGCUAACUGGAGAAGUUCGUGCUUUUGAUCAAAAUCAAGGUUCUCUUGAUGAGGGAUCUGUACACCACUGUACAGAUCUUGUGCACAAAUCUAGAGUCUGUGGUAGGGGCUGUGUUAAUCAAGGUUCAGAGGCUGCAAAUCUGACAUCUGAUGGUGCAAAUGAUAUUCCUCAAAUAAAAGCAUCUGUAUUCACUUGUCCUGUUGAGGUGAACCGUCAAAUUGCUGCUCAAACUGAUUCCACAUCACUUGAUGGGAAUUAUUUUCUCAGCAGGCCUCAGAUGGGUGCCAAAUCUUCUGAGCUAUCUGAGUCUGGUUCUCAUGUUGAUCACAAAACUGUCACACAGUGUGAUUCCAAACACUUGUGCAACUCAAGUUCCAGUCCUGGUGUUACUUGUCUCUGUACCUCUGGCAAUUGUAGUGCAUGUGGCAUCUCCGAGGUAGCGUCGUGUAGAUUGUUGAAUAGUAAGCUGUGCUAAAAUCUCACUUAUGUGACACGUGGAGUCCUAGAGUUUAAAAGCAUGUUUGCUUCUUGUAAAGAUUUACUAGUUGCUGUUUAAAGCUAUUAUCACCCAUGGACUGUGCCUUUUGGAGACCAAAACUUUGUAAAUAAAGAUUUUGUUGGUGUAUGGGUUUUAGUUCUAGAGGGUAGCAUGGAAGGAGCUUACAUUAGGUUUUGCUUACAAUCUUACCAACAGCUUGUGGAACCCUUCUUGUGACAGAUGUGAAUAUUUAUACUUGAAGUCAAAAAAUGUGGAACUUCUUUUUGAGUAGGAAUCUUAGUUUCCGGUUGAAGCCAAGAAAAAUGCAAAGGAGCUUCUUGGCGGGGUGAACAGAACAUCCCACCCUUUUGCUACGAUCCUGGUAGAGUUUAGUAGUGUGUUACUUUAAGGGGGGUUAAAGCUAGAUGCAUGUGAUAAUUGUAUGCAGAUGCUCACUCUUGACUCGGCCACAUGCUUAUGCUCAUUGUAAAUGCAACCAAUGGUAGUUUAAUCGAUGGAAGAUGGUUUCCUUUUAGUAAA